UGCAGACUGGACCUGCCGGCCUCCAGAGAGCUGAAGCUGACGCUCAGAGGACGUCUUCGUCUUCCCGCUCUGCUGGCCGUGAGCUUCAGGUCGUUGGACUUACUGACCGCAGCGUCCAUCCAGCUGGACGCGUCCGGUCCCAUGUUCCUGCAGGAGGACAGACCUGUCAGACAGAUAAUCCUGGAGCUCAGGAAGGACGAGGAUUACACCAUCCCCGUCUGGAUUAUACUGGGCAGCACACUGGGAGGCCUGCUGCUGCUGGCCUUACUGGUCCUGGCCCUGUGGAAGCUCGGCUUCUUCAACAGACGCAGGAGGCAGGAGGAGGAGGAGCAGCCUGUAGCCAAUGGGAAGGCAGCAGAGGAGCUAUAAUGUGCGGGCGACAACGAUGCUGCGUUUGGUCGAUCCCCGUCAACUCGUUAAGUCACAAAUUCAUAACACAGAGUCCGCAGCUGUGUAGGUUUGGUUUGAGGUGGAGCGGAGAAACACUGGACGACAGACGGGCGUUAUCAGCAGGAUCGCUACGUCAAGUCACGUCACGUCAAUUUUAUUUCCAAAAGUCCAUUAUCACAAAUCACAGUUCGCCUCAGAGGGCUUUACGGCCGACGGCAUCCCUCUGUGCUCAGACCCUCACAUCCACUGAGGAAAAAAAAAACCCAAAAAAACCCAAAAAACCUGU